AUGGACGCACAACGUUUCGACCCCCUGCGGCAUACAAACAUGAUCAGUAUUUCCUUUGGUUUCAUCACCCUGCGUUUCCUAACAUUAUUCCUUGUUAUUCUUCAGAGACUUGCCUCACUUUUCAAAACCCGCACUUCAGAUUCGACGCCGAUGAGGCCGGGCCCUUGCGUCAAGAGCGAGAAAACGAGCGCGAGUGAUGUACGGCUGGACCACAAGAUUGUAGUUGAUCCUGUUGAGGGAAAAGAUCCUGAUUUGAAGGGAUCAUGCCCAUCCCCUAAGGACACAUGCACUACACGCGUCACUACGCCUGUCGACGUACAUGACUCCAUCGACAAGGUUGCCACACAUACCAUCACCCGCUCUGAGCCCAAUCCCCAUGGUGGCGCUCCUAUACUAUCUGUCACAGAGAUAGUGUUCAGGCGCCCUCCGUCUCGCACAAACACCUCCUCUCCUUCUCCUUCUCAAUCUUCCCCAUCUGUGUCACCACGAUCCAUCCCUCCUCCAGGCUUCAAUGACUCCGUCGACAAGGUUGCCACAGGCACCAUCAUCCAUUUUGAUCCCCACAGGGGCAUUGUCGCGCUCAUUUCCCACAAACACCUCCUCUCCCUCUCAAUCCUCUUCGCCAUCUGCGUCAUCAUGGUGUUCAGAGGGGUGUUGUCGCGCUCUCCGUCUUGCACACAGAUGGUGUUCACAGGGAUGGUGUUGUGCCUUCCGGCUUGCACAAACACCUCCUCUCCCUCUCGAUCUUCUUCGCCAUCUGCAUCAUCGCAAUCCACCCCUCCUCCAGGCUUCAUAAGGCAGGUGUUCCGAGCGCUCAACCGUUUCAAUACAUCCUCAGCUUGUGAUAGCGACGUGGAUGAUCUGAAAGUGCACAGGAGGAAGAGGCACACGUUGCUGGCGAUUGUUAAGGAGAGAAGGGAGAAACACAAAGAUGAUCAGGUGUUCAAGGAUAUCGCAGGGAAUGACUUUCCUGCUGCUGGUGUGAGGGACAGCACUUGA